AUGUCAUUUUUGGGACACAUUGUAAGUGCAGGCCAAGUUCAUGUGGAUCCCUGCAAAGUUAAGGCAGUCACUGAUUGGCCCACCCCAACCAGGAGGCGUGACCUCCAAGGCUUUUUAGGUUUCGCCAAUUUUGACCGCAAGUUUGUACGCAACUUUAGUACUGUUGCUGCCCCACUCACAGCUCUGACAUCUCCCAAGGUGCCCUUUCACUGGAAUGCCCAGCAGGAGGAUGCUUUUUCUAAGCUCGAGAACUGUUUCACUACUGCACCUGUUUUAACUGUCCCUGAUCCCUCUCUGCAGUUCAUAGUGGAAGUUGAUGCCUCAGAGACCGGAGUCGGUGCAGUGCUGUCCCAGAGGUCCCCCAAAGACAAAAAACUGGACCCCUGUGCCUAUUACUCUCAUCGCCUGUCUCCUACAGAGCGCAACGACACCAUAGGGGGCCGCAAACUGUUGGCUGUGAGGCUGGCCCUUGAAGAGUGGCGGCACAACCUCGAGGGUGCAGUUUUGCCCUUCCUCGUUUGGACGGAUCACAAGAAUCUUGAGUACAUCAGCACAGUAACCGACCCCCAGCUGGCCUUCUCAGACCCCUUCCUGUUCCACAUCGAUCUUGGUCCCACAUUGCCAUCGAUUUUGUCACUGGUCUGGAGGUGUCCGAAGACCAACGGCCAGACGGAGCGCGCCAACCAGGACCUGGAGGUGGUUCUCCGGUGCAUGACCUCCAACUCAGCAUUGUGGAAUAAGAUGCUUCACUGGCCCUUUGUCCCGCCCAUUGGUGGUGAGGUGUUUGCUGUCCAGAAGUUGCUGAAGGUCCGCCGCAGGGGCAGGGGCCUCCAGUACCUGGUCGACUGGGAGGGCUAUGGGCCUGAGGAGCGGUGUUGGGUCCCUUCCAGGUUUCUAAAUCUGUUACCUCCUGACCUCUCAGAGUGUGACAAGGCGGGAGAACCACCUAAACUAUCAAGACAGCGUGCAGGGAGAAUUCUGUUCUUCUCUUCAGGUGAUAAGUUGAGCCACCGUUCUCGAGCGCCCAGGGUGCGCCAGCGUCCAGGGCAUGUCCACUGUGAUUCCUGCUACAGCCGGCGCUGCAGGGCUCGGGUGGAGCCCUCCGUGUGCUGCGCCAUCACCCAGUGCCGUCUGCACUGCGGUGCUGUGUUCCACCUGUGCAAAGAGGAGGACCACCUGCUGCUCUGCCCCAACGUGAGGGUGCCCUGCCUCAACGCCGGGUACGGGUGUCCGCUGCAUCUGCCCCGCUCCGCCAGGGCCGCUCACCUGCAGGCGUGUCCGGCCAGCGUGGUCUGCUGCUCCAUGGAGUGGAACCGCUGGCCAGCCAACGAUGCCCACUCUCACCCCAACACAGAGCUGCACGAGAACCUGCUCGUGGAGCGAGACCGGAACGGAUGCCUGGACCUGGCCAUGGCCCUGAAGGACCAGGACCGUCUGUUCCACUCCAUCAAGAUGAAGAAGCUGUUCCCAGAGCUGGUCCAGAGUGUGGAGGAGGAGGAGGAGGAGGAAGAGAGAAAGGAGGAGGAGAAGAGAAGGGAAAAGAAGAAGAAGGAGGCAGCCGAGAGGGAAGCUGCAAAAGGAGACUACAUCUGGCAGCCUGUCAACAUGUUUCACAACAUGAUUCCUGAGCAUAAAGAGGACGUAGAUGAAGAUGAAGAUGAAGAUGACGCUCAGGUUCAGUUAGAGCUAACGCAGGAGGAGAGGGAGGCUAUUGCCAGGGCAGGUGUGGAUGAUAGUCUGUUGGAAAACUACAGUGCCUGGGAGCGCAUGUUCAGCAUGGAGAUGGGGGGCUGCAGGGAAGCCGGAGCAGGCAAAGGCUCGGCCAAAGCCGGGGAGAAAGGCCUGGACAGUCUGAUGGAAGAAGAUGAGGCAGAUACCUGUGCAGAUGCAGCUCCCUCCACAUCGUCCUCCUCCCGUCUUCCACAGAAACCAGUGAAGACGUUUUUUUAUGGACACGUGGAGCCAAUGAAGAUCAUUACCGUUCGCAGCUUUAAAGUCCCGACCAGCUUUGCUGCCAGGCAGGGACGCAUCCGCAACCCGAAUUUCUACAAGAGAGAGAGUGUGGCUGUGGACACCAGCGACCUGGGGGUGGCGCUGCAGGACAUGCCCGUCUGGGAGGAAGUUCAGGCCUCGCUGCUGUGUUCCCUGGAGAAGGAGCAGAGGGGCCACCUCAUCGCUGAGAGCGCCAACUCCGACUGCCUGCUGACGGACGAAGGCACGCAGACCUACAGCUUCCCGUCCGCUCCGUUCCAGAGAAACAUGUCGCUGCUCCACCUGACGGCCGGGAAGCAGCUGGAGCUGCACCUGCAGCUGCAGGUGGAGAGCGUCACCAGCAGGCACCACAAGGCCAACUCCACCUUCACCUUCCUCUGUGGACACGACUUCCAGCGCAGAGACUAUGGCACACAUUACAAGAACGUCCACUGCGACAUCCAGAUGGGUGUGAACGGCUGGUUUGAGCAGAGAUGCCCACUGGCCUACCUGGGAUGCACCUACAGCCAGAGAAGGUUUCAGCCCUCCACACAUGAAGCCUCCGUCACCUACAAUGAGGAGCUGGGUUGCUUUAGCCUUCAUCCCACCAACUCCUCCGCCGCUCCGAGUGGGAGAGGAGGUGAAGGCCGGGAGGAGGAAGACUCUCUGAGCUCGCUGCCCUACGAGGUUCUGUGCCACAUGGCCGGUUUCCUGGACAGCCUGUCCCUGUCCCAGCUGGCUCUGGUGUCCCACCUCAUGAGGCAGGUGUGCUCCUCUCAGCUGCAGGACCGGGGGAUGGUGACGCUCGGCUGGGAGAAGGUCUCCUCACACGGAGGAGCCCGGUGGAGGGUGAAGCAGAGUGUCUGGAGCUUCAGCACCUUGUUCUCUCCUGUAGACGCCUGGUCCUUCAGAGACCAGCCGCCCAUCUCCGAGCAUCUGAAGUUCUGUCCGUACAAUGAGGUGGUGGCCCAGACGGAGAAGAUUCAGCUCCCGCGCAUCCGAGAGGUCCUAGCUAACAAGAGCUGCAAGGGGGCCACGCUGGUGUCCCAGUUCCACCAGAACAGCAUCAUGAUGUAGCUUUUAGCACAAAUCAGAGAGAUCUGGACUGUCAUGGCUCUUGCCAUCUUUUAUCCUCCCUCGUUCCAAGUUCC